AUGAAAAAAGUGCUACGCUUAGGGAGAUUAUAUCGUUCAGCAUCAUCAUUUACACGUCGUCAAAGAACUUCAUUACCUGAUCCAACGCCCCAAUCAUCUUGUUCAUUAUUGAAAAUUAGUCCAAGUUUUCAACAUGCACAAACAUUACAAACUGAAGAAAAUCAAACACAAUUAUUUGAUACCAGUUACCUAACAAAACAGUUACGUGACGUCCCUUCAUGUCCCAAUGGAAGAUUAGAAUUUUUAGCUAAUACACAGACAUCAUUUGGUUUAUUUCAUCGGAAUGCUGUUCGUUGUUCAAAAUGUAAAAAGCAAACAAUUAUUACAAAAUUUCCACCAAAUGAUCCCAUUGAAAACAGUAUACAAGUAUCAAAUCAACAGUUGGAUUUGGCGGCUGCUAUGACUGGUAUUGGAUAUGAUUUAUUAAGUUUAAUUAUGUCAUCAUUAUCAUUAUCAAUUACAUUCAAACAAAAACUUCCAAGUUUAUAA